AUGUGGAAAUUAUUGCAAGUGCCAACAAUAGAAAAAGAAGAUACUUCUAGUAACGAGUCAAGUUCCAGAAAAACAUCUCUUCAGCUUCCAAAGAGUCCAUCAGGUAGUAAAUCUCCUAAAAGCCCUGGAAGUAGGAAACCGCUCGCAUCACCCCGGAAAACCUCCACAUCACGAAGUGCUGGCAGUAGUCGUGGUUCAACGCCAUGGAAAAAAAUACGAGGAAUCACGCUUAUAAACAAGUUGAAAGGUGCCAAGAAGAAGGAUGGAACACCAGAGAAAGCUACCAGUCCCAAUCUGUCACAGUCUCAGAUGGAAGAUGAUCUACCUCCAUCGAAACAAAUCAUAAAUGGAGAGGAUAUACAAGCAUUGGCCAUUGACCCAGAUAAACUGAGAGAGGUCCAUAUUCCAAAGCCACCCUCUGCUGAGAGAAGAAGAACACCUACUAAACCAGUAAUGGUCAGAAAACAUAAACCUAAAUCUGAGAUUGAGAAACCAAAACUAAACGAAUUACUAUAG